GCCCUUUCUUCAUUCCUAAACAUACAUCUCCCAUUCCAAAGACAGCCCACCCCUAUAUUUAGUUCCGCGGCCGAUGCUGCCCUUUCCACUCCACCUGGUGGCCAACCUUCAGGGGCUCCUGUUGCUCCAAGUGUAUCUAUGGUACCUUAUAUUCGUCGACUAGUUGCAACAGGCAUGGACUACCCGGGAGUUCUACAUGGGUUUUUUGGUGACGACUGGGCUUCAGGGAUUGGCUCUCUACAUGAACAAGAACGCCGCAACUUCUUCUUUGCUGCCAAGAGCGGAGGAUGGGCGGCUGUAAAGAAGGACUACGAUAUUCUGCCGCUCGAGACCAUUCCAUUCCUCAGGCCAUUGCAGGGGUCAGAAAACUCCGAGAUUGAAGCCGCGGAGAAGAGCUGGAGUGAGUGGCUGGCUAUGGAAGAUUGGAUGAUUGGCCCACGGUCACCAGAUGAAAUGGCAGACCGCCAGUCGAACACAUACUCGAGACAUAGCAGAAGCACGAGGUCUUAA